GCUCUGGAUGAAGGCCAAUGGUUAUCUCUGGAUGCCGAAUUUAUUAUCGAAGAAGGCGAAGUGUGUGGUACUCAUACAUCGACCGGCAAUUAUAUUCUAAUUGAAGCUCAUUUCGAACCUCCUUUUGAAUAUACAAUUGAAGAUGUCACAGAAUUCAGUCGUAAUUUGGACCUUCUUAAUAAUUACAUUGACCAGGAAAAAUCACUUGGCAACCCGAACAUCAAGAUCCAUCAAAGGCCAUGCAACAAUACUCACUUUACUCAGGUCUUUCAGAAGAUAGUGAUUACACAAGCGAUGUUAGUUAUCCAAUUCAACAACAACAUCCUAAUUACAGUAGUCAUCAUGCAAAUGCGGGAGCCUCUCAGUUCGGUGGGUAUCCAAAUUUGACGAAAUGGACUAAAGACUAUGAUGGUGGAGUGGGAGGAGGAGGUGAGGGUGGUGGUGGAAAUACAUCAAUGGAGAUGAUGGGAGCAUCAACUUCAACAUUAAUGGCUUCAUCCAGUCACCUACAAUCAACCAAUUCUGGCCUCUCAUCAUCAACUGUACAAUUAUUAUCUACUGAUCAGCCAAAUAAAUCAAAUAUCGAUGAAGGUUCAUUUGAACAAUAUCAAACAGUUCCCGGUUCAUCAUCAUCGGCUCAACAAACAUCAACCAGAGAAUCAAUAUCAUCAAUGACAUCACAAAUGGCUGGUUCUCGAAAACUUCCCAGGCCAUUUAAGAAACAACUUAGCGAUGAGAACGAACCUCUUUCGUACAAUAGUCGACCUCAUCGAAAACUACCCAAUCUUCAUCUUAAUGAAAAAUCAAACAGAAUACCUUUAAACCGUCAAAUGACCCAAGAAAAUAGUAACUUGAAUCAACAACAAUAUUUACCUGACGAUUCAUUAUUUUCCGACGAAACUAAAAGCAUAUCAACUCCCACGAAUUUCAAUCAAUUUGGUUCACCCUCUAUGGCUGCCCCACCACCAACAACAGUUCGAACUCGUCGACAACAACCACCGAUCCCUAGAAAACGUAGCCUCGAACGUCAAGGAGGAUUCGAGCAAUAUGAAGAUACAUCUUCUCAUGGAAGUCAAAUUGGAUCGGCUAUGAGCCAACCGAUAUCAAAUAAUAGUCAACAAUUAGAUCAACAAGGUUUAUCACAAUCAAUUGGACCAACAAGUAUCACGACAACAUCAGCAAUUCCCAAGAAGCUUCCACAAUUAUCACAAAUAAUUCAACGAUCUUUACCUGAGAUGCCAUCAGUUCCUCCUUUCGAUAAAAAUAAACUGUACAAUUUUUACGAACAAGAAACAACUCGACAAGACAGUUACGAAAGUUAUGCAACGAGUAUCGGGACAGAGCCAGAAAUGAAUGAAGAUUGGAUGAGCAGGAGUGACACAAUGGAUGCGAAUUAUGAUGACAAUGGACAAUUACAAUGUACAAAUGAAGGUUAUGACCAAGACAAUUGGACAUCAAUUGAUACUCAAGGAAAUUAUCAAUCUAUUGAUAACGAUGCUAGUUUAUCUCAAUCAUCUGAGCCUCAGUAUCAACAAUCAUCAGCUUCCGCUCCAAUGAUCACUACUGAUAUUUCAGGAAAUCAGAAUCAGAAUCAGAGUUCGAGUAUGGUAAAUUCUGUAGCAAGUAAAGUUACCAAUUUGAUUGGUGGAAUGGUAAAUGCAGUCAGUUCAACAAAUACUCGAGGCGAUUCCCUGGACUCGAGUAUAUUAAGAUCGCAACCAAGUAUCGAUGCCUAUGAACCAAGUGAAUCAGGUUCAAUUUUUGGACGUUAUAGUCAAGAAUCAAAUAGCAUCGAUGAUCAACAACAAAAUAGUAUCAACAAUACAAGCGGAAUCGUAGGAAAUGAUCAACGUUACAUCAAUUACAAUGACCAUAAAGAACAAUGGAAAAACUCAAUUCAAACUGAUUCAAUGAUUUGGCAAACUGUUUCAGAAGAUGAUAACUAUGAAGAUACAUUACAAGAUGUGAAUAAUUAUUAUAACCAAUCAACUGAAAAAGAUGAAAUUUCCCCUCCUUACUUAACACCAGAAGCCUCAAUUGACAUGGACAAUACUCGUGAUCAAGGUUCUCUUGGAUUAAUGGAAUCGAUAACAGGAAGUAAUUCAACCUCAAUGUCACUGCCCAAUUAUCAAAAAACUGCCAGUUUAGAUUCUGGGCUUAUCGGCGAUUCAAACAACCAAAUGUCUUUCAACACUGUUUCCACCGGUGAUUUGGGCUCAUCUUCAUUGAUUAUCCCAGUCACUGUUCCUAAUAUAUCAAACACGAUUGCCUCUUCAUCUACAGGGCUGAUUCAAGCCUCGACAAUAACAACUAACCUGCCUCCAUCAUUGAUGCCACCACCAUCAGCCUCGACAACAACCACAUCAUCAACCCAACCACCUCCACCGAGUGCAUUGAAAAGUGAGUCCCGAGCCCAAAGUGAACCUAAAACAGUGACUUUCUCAGAUCAAAUUCAAGAGGAAACCUUUUCUUCCGAACGAGGAUCGACCAUCGACAGCUCAGGCAUUAGCUCAGUAUCGAUAAUCGAUACAAAUGAGCCAAAUGAACUAAUAAAAGAUGCAAGUGAUAUAAGUGGCCUACCAAUUACUCCUCAUGCUUCCAAUGAAAACUUUCCAAGUGAAACUAAAAGUGCUUUUUACGAAUUUGCUCCUCAAAACUCAACGGGAAUGUCAAAAUCUCGACUUCGUUGGCUCACUGCUUACAAUAAGAUUGUUAAUGACUUCGAUUUGGUGAGUAAACCAAUUAAUCAAUUCCUUUACUUUCUAAUGAUUAUCAUUCAAUCGUUUUGACACUCGGGAGACUAAGUCUCAUUUCAUCCAAGUAUUAAUAUACUCAAGUGAUCACAAUACGCUGAUGAUUUAUCAUCGUUAACACUCAAUUCCACCUUGUGUUCUUUAAUUAUCUUAAUAUUCUCUUUGCCAAAUCAAUAUCGUUAUGGUAUUUAAUCAUAUUUUGUUCCUCUCAUCGGCAUUCAUAGUCUUUGAUUCUUGAUUUUGUCUCCCAUUGCAAUAUUAUUGGUAAAUCUUUUCAGUUACUCAACUUAAUGUUUCCAUCAUUGAUGUAUUACAAAUGAGAGUGAUGAUUGAAAAGAAGUUUAUUCUCUAGAGGAUUGUAUUAUUUAAGAGAAUGAAACGUGAACAUUGAUUCUAAAUAAAGACUCUGAUGGAUUCUGUGCCUUCAGGUGAAUCAAAAUCAUACUUGAGCUUCGUCUUUAUCUUCAUGACAAAUGUAAACAUUGUUUCCAUCAGACAAAAUCCAUUUUUUCACUUAUUCUCAAAUAAUCUGUUGGAAUCAAAGUCUCUUUCCGUUUAUCCUCUACUUCACUGUUGAUCAUUCAGUUUCCAUCAUUUAAUCAUCACUUUUGCUCGAAGUUCAGAGUUUACGAAACUAAAAAUCGUUACAAUUCCCAAAUUGAGAAUAAUGAAAAUUCAAUCGAUUGCUUGUUUACAUUGAGUUGCCCUAAGAAAUUUAACAUCCCAAUUGGAUUAAGUCUCUUGAAAUUAAUCCAAAAAGACAUUUAACUUUCUACAAUUUUAAAAUUGUUUAAAUAAUUUUCGGAUUCAUCAAAUAUAAACUUGAAUUUGAUUCAGUUACUUUCUUAAAUUGAAGCAAUUA